CCCUUGUGACCUCAUCCCCAAGGGCAAUGGCCAUUUCGAGUUCGGCCCGCACUGACGCUCAUGGAACGGUUCAGCUACUCUCGAAAUGGCGCCGGCAUCGACCUGAAAUGCAGCGUCCGAGUCGCGAUCCCCAUGGUGACCAAGGUCCGCGACAAAGUCCACUACAAGGUCCUCAUGAAGACGACGCACAUCACACCGCAAAAGACGUGGGAGGUCCUCCGGCCGUACUCACACUUUGCAGCCCUCCGCAAGGAGCUUCUCCUCACGUUCAAAGAAAGCAAAGCCAAGAUGUGCCCUGGCUGCAAGCACUACGAAAACGCGAUUCGCCAGUUCGACUUUCCCAAGAAGCACCUGUUCUCGUCCAAAACGACCGAGGUGCUGCGCCAUCGCCAACUCGCGCUCCAAGCGUUCAUUGCCAUGCUCGCGUCGCAUACGUUCACGACUGCCCCACGGUGCCCAGUUUGCAGCGGCCGUGUCUUUGAGCUCGUCCGCGACUUCCUCACCACCGACGUCGGUGUUGACAAUGCCACGAACGAUGAAGCGUUGAGCUCGACUCUUGAUGAAGAGACUCGUCGCAGUGCAUUUGCGGUCGAUAAGUUUGUGGAAAUCCAUCCGCCGUCGGCAGGCGUCGUGGUCGACGCGAACGGGGAGUUUGUCGAUUCCCCGACCAAACGCCAAAGUGGCGGCAGGUCAACUAGUGGUAGCCAGUCCACUAACAACUCGAAUGGCCGCGACUCGAAGAAACGGACGAGCGUCCAUAGCUUUGGCAGCAUCAGUGACAUGAGCUCGACGGGCAGCAGCACCAACGAUCGAGGCAGUGCGAAACCUUCCAAGCUGCAAAAGGGCAUAGGAAGUGUGAGCGACUUAGCAAGCAUUCAUCUUCACGAUGACAGCGUCCGGCAAGCGGAAAGUGCCGCAGCACCGUCUGUGGAUGCCGAUGAAAGCGAGGCGGACUUGAACAUGGACUUCAUGGCGCAGAUCUCGGCCGAUGCACGGCCCAAGUGAAAACCAAAAACAACUUUGGUAACUAGUGCAUCAAGACCUUCGUGCAACAACAUUGCGCUUUCGAAUUGACGAGAGCUCUAUCAUCUAUUUAACAACAAUUCACACUUGCGUUGUACAUUGC